ACAGAAACUGAAAGUUAACGGGCUAUUCCAUAACACACGGUUCAACAUUCGCAACGCCGGUAGCCUCUACGGCAAGGGGAGAUCGUGCAAAUCUAAUUACAACACUGGGACUGACUGACGAACGCAACGUGGAAAGUGAAGGACUUUACGACUGAGACACAUAAUGCAGGCGGUGGAUCGCAGACCACUGUCAAUACUCUUCAGACUUCUGUCUAUGUCCAGACCUGACGUGGUACCAAUAUGUGGGGCUUUCACAUUCCUUGUGGCAGCUGUUAUUGGUGAUAUGCUCAUGCCUUCCUUUACUGGUCAAAUGAUUGACUCUUUGAAUUAUAAAUUCGAUAGCAAUGCAUUUGCAAGUGCAAUUUUCCUCAUGGGACUUACUUCUUUUGGAAGUUCCUUCUCAGCUGGAUGUCGAGGUGGAUUAUUCAUGCUCACAAUAUCCAGGCUUACGAAAAGAGUCCGGCAACAUCUCUUUAGGUGUUUCGUCAAGCAAGAUGUUGCAUUCUUUGAAGGAACUUCAAAAGGGGAUAUCACCACAUGUUUGUCUAGCGAUGCCUCUCUGAUGAGUCGGUCCCUUGCUGCAAACGUCAACAUUCUCCUGCGUAGUUUUGUUAUGACUCUUGGUAUCUACUGGUUCAUGAUUCAGCUCUGCUGGCCUUUGGCUUUGAUCACUGCUCUUGAGUCACCAAUUACUAUCACUGCUGAGAAAAUAUACAACAAGUACUAUCAGGGACUUGUCAGUUCAGUGAAACAGUCCAUAGUGAAGAGUAACCAAGUUGCUGGAGAAAGCAUUUAUCAUAUCAGAGCUGUCAGGAGCCAUGGGGCUGAGAUGGUGGAGCAGAGGAUGUAUAACGCCAGUCUGGAGGAAACACACCAUUUUAAAAUUCAAAGAGACAGUGUCAGAGCCACUUAUUUGCUGUUCAUGAGGUUUUUUCAGUUAGGUAUGCGAGUGUUGAUCUUGUGGUAUGGGCAGCAAAUGAUCAAAUCCAGGCAAAUGACAGCUGGAAAUCUUGUGUCCUUCAUACUAUACCAAAUGGAAAUUGGAGGCCAUGUUCAAACCUUAGUUGAACUACAUAUAGACCUUAUAGAGUCCCUAGAGUCAGCCAGGAAAGUCUUUGAGUAUAUGGACCACAAACCCUCUAUCAGAUGUGGUGAUCUUGCACCAGACCAGCUCAAGGGACAUGUGAUGUUUAAGAACAUUAGCUUCUCUUAUUCAUCAUCCCCGGACCAGAAAGUACUGGAGAAUGUCUCAUUUGAAAUGAAACCAGGGUCAGUUACUGCACUAGUGGGUGUCUCAGGUGGAGGAAAAAGCACGUGUGUUGCCCUAUUAAAGCAUCUUUUUGAGCCACAGUCUGGUGACAUCCUCCUUGAUGGAAGGCCACUAAAGGAAUAUGAUCACAAGUACUUUCACCGAAUGGUAGCUGUUGUGAGCCAAGAACCAGAGCUCUUUGCUUGCUCUAUUGAGGCCAACAUCACCUAUGGACUCGACAGUUAUUCGGAAGAUAUGCUUCAGACUGCAGGAAAACAGGCUGAUAUUAACAGCUUCAUUUACUCUCUGAAAGAUGGCUAUGACACAUAUGUUGGAGAGCGUGGUGGUCUUCUCUCGGUGGGUCAGAAGCAGCGCAUUGCUAUUGCCAGAGCUCUGAUCAGACAACCCCAGAUUCUCAUACUCGAUGAAGUUACAAGCAGCCUUGACACUGAGAGCGAAAAGAUGAUUCAAAACACCCUGGCAUGUUUCACCACCCAAACAAAACUGAUUGUGGCUCACAGGCUGAAGACCAUUGAGAAUGCAGAUCAAAUAAUUGUGAUUGAUAAAGGCUCUGUAUCUGAGCGAGGCACCCACAUGGAGCUGAUGGAGAGAAAAGGAAUCUAUUACAAAUUAAGAGAGCGACGUUUUAACGAAGACAACAUUGAAACCAUUGGUUAACAUAUAUAUAAGAAACGUUCACACAUGCAAGCCAAGUAGGGUGAAGGUGUAAGACACACUGCAACUAACAUGGAAAAGAGUGUAAAGUUCCACUCACUGAUAUUAUUGCCCCAAAAUUGUAUUCAAGAAAAUGCAAUGGCUCGACUUCUUGUGUCUUCAUCAGGCUGUCAGAGUGGAGAUAUCUCGUACUGGUUAACCUCCCUACAAAGCUUUUCUUUAAAAAAACUAAAAAAAAAAUUACAACUGUGCUACUUUUGUACUGAAUCAUGUGAUCUGUAUUUUAUUAAACUGGCCUGAUAGAGCCAAUUUUAUUGUUUUGCUUUUUCUGUUUGGGGGCCCUUAGCAAUUGGACAAAUAACUGUCUUGCUUCACUUUUUCCCUGUGAAUAAAAUAUGUUUAUAAAACACAUUGCAUAAGCACAUUUGAGCAUAUUUGGAGUAUAUUCCUGUAUAUUCCAUUUCAUAUUUGCUCACUUUUUCUUCUUAAGUUCUAUCAGAAUUUUAAAUAAAUAUUUGAAACCAUUUCACAGAGAUGAG